AUGGAGGGUGUGUACGUGUUUUUCUACAUUGACAACAUCCCCUGGUCAUUACAAUGUAAUUAUGACGUUAUCCAUCAAAAAUUAGAAAAUAUAGUGGGUAAAAAUAAUAUAUCAAUAUCUCUGGCUGUUAGAGAACACCACGGCAAAGAUGAGUCGUAUCAUUUCUGUCUACCUCCUGACGCAGUUGUUCCAACAAGUGUUGAACAUGUCAGUGAUAUAUUAAGAUUAUGCAACCAGGAACGCAUUCCUGUAAUUCCAUUUGGUACAGGAACGGGUCUAGAAGGAGGAGUGGGUGCUGUUCUGGGUGGUGUUAGUAUGGACUUGACUAAAAUGGAUGCCAUCACUGAAGUCCACCAAGAAGAUUUUUAUGCAUCAGUUCAACCUGGUGUAACUAGACAUAAUUUGAACAGUUAUAUAAGAGAUACUGGACUUUUUUUUCCAAUAGAUCCUGGAGCAGAUGCAUCUCUAUGUGGAAUGGCUGCCACAAGUGCAUCAGAAAAUGCAGUGAGAUAUGGUACUAUGAGAGAGAAUGUACUGAAUCUUCAAGUUGUUCUAUCUUCUGGAGAAGUACUUUAUACAGCAGGACUUAAAGGCAGAGCUCGGAAGACAUCUGCUGGCUAUAACUUGACCAACCUCUUUAUUGGGUCUGAAGGGACAUUAGGUGUCAUUACAGAGACGACACUUAGACUUUAUGGCAUCCCUGAAUCAACAAUAUCUGCAGUGUGUGGAUUCCCUUCAAUAGAGAGUGCUGUAAAUACAACUGUUGAAGUACUCCAAGCUGAUCCAGUCGCUAGGAUAGAGUUUUUAGAUGAGCUCUCUUUAGAAGCAGCAAAUCGGUUUUCACAUCUUGAUUAUCCAGUCAAACCAACUCUAUUUCUAGAGUUUACAGGCUCUCCACAAAGUGUUGAGGAACAAAUAGAGAUAGUCAGUAUGCUCGCUAAAGAUAAUGGCAGUUCAGACUUUAUAUGGGAAACUGAUCAUGAAGCUAGAAACAAAUUAUGGAAAGCACGUCAUGAAUGGUGGUAUGCUGGACUAGCAUUAGAACCAGGCAAAAAAGGCUAUUCUACUGAUGUGUGUGUGCCUAUCUCAAAGUUACCACACGUUUUAAUAGAAACUAAAAAUGAUUUAGAUGCAUAUACCAUCACUGCUCCUAUCAUAGGUCAUGUAGGAGAUGGUAAUUUUCAUUGUAUGAUGGUAGUAGAUACUGAUAAUAAAGAAGAAUUGAAAACAGCUAAAGAAUUAGCAAACAAGAUGGCAAAGCGGUCUCUUCUAGUGGGUGGUACUUGUACUGGUGAACAUGGUAUUGGACGUGGGGAAAAUGAACUAUUGUUAGAGGAAUAUGGACCUAUUGGUAUUAAGACAAUGAUAGCUAUUAAGAGAAGUCUUGAUCCACACAUGAUUAUGAACCCAGGAAAAGUUAUUGAAAAAACUAUUUAA